GUUGUUGUAGCCCGGAUGUACGUGCAACCAUGAAGAUGACAGGCGAAAACAGUGCUGCAAAUUCGGAAUUAACAAUGGAUGAUGUUAAAAACCUUAUUCAAAAGAAAGACGAAAUUGAAGAGCAGAUAAAAGCUUAUUACGAUGUUUUGGAAGACCAAGGUGUCGGAGUUGAAGGUACCUUGGUUGACGAAGAGGGCUUCCCCCGAGGAGAUGUUAAUGUAUACCAGAUCAGGACAGCAAGGCACAAUAUUUCAUGCUUGCAGAACGAUCACAAGGACAUCAUGGAGGAGAUAGAAGAAGCCCUUCACAAGCUGCAUGCUCGAGAGAAAGCCAAGCGGGCAGGGGAUGCGGCAGAAGCUCAGGAUGAGGCGAUGGAGCAACAGGUCACUCUUCCGUCUCCCUUUGCACGGGUGGACGCUGUGACACAAGGCUCACCCGCCUGUGGAGCUGGGCUCAGAGUUGGUGAUGAAGUCUUUGAGUUUGGUUCUGUGAACACGGGGAACUUUCAGAACCUCCAGAAUAUUGCUGCUGUGGUACAACACAGUGAGGGGAAACCAUUACGUGUUGCAGUCAUCCGGGAUGGCCAGAAAGCUCAGAUGAGCCUGACUCCACAGCGAUGGUCAGGCAGAGGUCUGCUGGGAUGCAACAUUGUUCCAAUCCAUCGAUGAUCUCUGACGUUGUGCAGAGUAACGCCUGGAUGGUUUCAAACUGACUUUGUACAUACUGCAGACAUUUCCACAUGUUAAAUCUCAAUAUCUUAAUCAAAACGGAUUCUAUUUUCUUUAUACUAGGGCAAGUCUUCAGAAUGUGAUUUAUGAAAAUAAAGUGUCACAGUACUUCUGUUAAAGAGUUUACUGAAUAAACAUUGGUCCACCGAUGUUUUUAUUUUAUUUCCGAUGAGGAUGUUUUUUUGUACCUGAUUAAAAUACAACAACUUAAUAAUUAGAACAAAAGGAGAAUGAACUUAAAUGAACAUGUAUUUAACACUGUUGUCUGCACAGAUAUCCACAUCUCCUUGUUGCUGAGAGACAAAGAGCAUUUGUAAACUUACAUAAAUAAAAGAAUUGUAUUACAAUA